AUGAAUGUGGAAGGAAAUCGGACAUUGAUUACUGAUUUUAUCUUGGCUGGGUUUACAACAGACCCAUUUCUACGCAUAAUCUUCUUUGUGCUGUUUUUGGUCUCCUACACCAUAACACUGGUUGGGAAUCUGGGCCUUCUGGGACUGAUCUACCUGGACGUCCGCUUGCACACACCCAUGUACUUCUUUGUGGGCAGCCUUUCCUUCCUGGAUGUCUGGUACUCUUCAGUCUACACUCCUCGGAUAUUGUCUGACUGUGUGUCCAUGAACAACCACAUGACCCUUGCUGGUUGUGCAGCCCAGUUCUUCUUCUCUGCUGGCUUGGCCUACACUGAAUGCUUCCUAUUGGCCUUCAUGGCCUAUGACCGCUUUGUGGCCAUCUGCAACCCACUCCUUUAUGCCACUGCCAUGCCCAAGAAGCUCUGUGUCCAGCUGGUGGUAGGAGCCUAUGCAGCUGGCUUUGCCAAUGCUAUUGCCCACACUAGUAAUACCUUCCGCCUACGCUUUUGUGGGAACAAUGUCAUCAACCACUACUUUUGUGAUGUGGCACCCCUUGUGAAGAUGGCCUGUGAUGACAUAGGGAUCUAUGAUCUCAUUGUGUCUUCUAUGAUGGGUUGCAGUCUGCUGGCAACUACAGCUGUCAUCCUGAGAUNGCUGAAUAAGGAGUUUAAACACAUUGCAGAUGUAAAAGGUGAAAUGCUGAAGGUAUCACAGAACAGGGUAGCUAAUUUCAUCUGUGUGGUAGAGAUACGCACAUUGCUGUAG